AUGGGGGCUGAUCCUGACCUCGAGCAUUGGCUACUGCUGACAGCCGAAGACGUGUUCUUUGGGUACAGCGCCAAUGAUAAACUCAGGAGAAAUGGCGCUAUGCCUCGGCGCCCCAAGUCCCACAGAACUAUUUCGUGUAGAGGUAAGGACCCCACAUUGCCGGUGUGGUGA